GGUGGAGCUUUAUCUUUAUACACUGCCCUCACAACGCAACAGAAGUUAGGGGGUGUUGUAGCACUCAGCUGUUGGCUUCCACUGCGAACUUCAUUUCCACAGGAUUCCAUUAAUUGCAUCAACAAAGAUAUUUCUAUUCUCCAGUGCCAUGGUGACCGUGAUCCUUUGGUUCCUUUAAUGUUUGGAGGUGUGACUUCUGAAACACUAAAGAAAAUGUUAAACCCUGGCAACAUAAAUUUCAAAAUAUACUCAGGCAUGAUGCAUAGCUCAUGUAUUGAGGAAAUGAUGGAUGUGAAGCAAUUUAUUGACGAGCACCUACCUUCAAUUGACUGAAAUAUGUGAAAAGCCUUUGGUUAAAUGCACCAGCAUCAUCUGUACUAGAUUGUUUUUUCAUGUAGCUAUUUCUAAAGCAUCUCUGUGCCUACAGUAUUAACUGUAUUGCAAAGUUUAGAAACUAUAACUUCAUGAGAAACAAUACUCCUUUUAAAUUCCAUUGGCCAUAACAUAGUUAUAUGGCAGUAAAAAGACAUGUUGGAAUAUAAUUAGGUAUUCUCCUCCUUGCUAGAUCAUUCCAAAUUUAAAGUUAUGGAGACCUUUUAUAAUUCAAAGCAAGAUUUUUUCCCAAAUCCUGUUAUAUUACUAUUUGCUAAAUUGACACUUGUAUAUGCAGUAUAUAAAACUAAGCAUGCAGUGGUAGAACAAGUAUUCUUAACGUUCACAUUUAACCAAUAUUAUUGCAUGUUCAAGGUAAGACUCACGUCUUUAAAUUAUCCCUACACCUUGGAGGAAUACAGUGUUUUAAAUGUAUGCCCUGCUACUUAGAAUCUUUGAAAAAGUAUUUAUCGCUAUAACAAAUGUUUCUCAGUUAGCUGUCCUUACUGAGAUAAAUUUAGACAUAAAUGUCACUCAAUUAUACAUAGAAUAUAAUAAAAAUCAUUAGAAAUUUUAAUAUUUUGCAAAAAUUGAGCUUUCAAAAACUCUUUUAAGUAGCUAACUUCUUAAAAAUCAAAAUCAGAAAAUAUAUUGUAUGUAUUAGUCUUAACUUACUCUGCUUCAAAAAACUCAAAAAAGAAAUUAAAGUUGUUGUUUAAAGCAUCACACAAUCAACUGACUAUAAAAGAGAAAGGGUGCAUACAAAGUAUAUUUUAUUUUAAAGCUAAAAAACAUCACUGUGUGAAAAUUUUAACUAUUCUAAAUCUACCACAGCUCAGCAGAAAUGUAAUCUUUGGCUGGAAGGAUACCACAGCAGUUUUUUGGAGAAAGUUAGAAUAAGACUGAUACACAUUAUUUUCUCCUCAGCAAUAUACAUUGCUAUCAUCUCCUUGCUCUUCUCAUGGCCUGCCUUCAGCCACUACCACUGAUAUUCAGCAUGGCAUAUCACACUGCCUGUCUGUUACCCCCACCCUACAGAGGAUUUUUCCAGCAUGUGCUUUCUGUUCCCAGUUGCAACUGAUUGCCAAUAUGCCAAUAUGCCAUCAAGUCAGUCCUUCAGCCUUGGCUUUUUUUUGUUGUUUUCUCCACUACUGAACAACAAAGCAUGGUUCAGUUUGGUGCAGAGCACCACAAACUAGCUGUUCUGGAACAGUUUGUGCAAGCAACAUUUUCAAUGUCCCUGGACCAGAUCAUUCAGAAAUAAGGUACUACUUCACCCUUCUCAUGAUAAAUUAUCCAUCUAAAUUCUUUAAAAAAAAAUUCUUAAUAAGACUUGAUAUUUUAUUUCAGAUAACUUCCUUCAGAAGUUCCAAGUUUUGUACAUAUACACAGCUAUACAUACAUAUUGCUUCUAUAUGUACUUUGUGUAUGUAUAGAAAUGAAAAAAAAUCUUAAUUCUAUAGCAUAAUUGUAAGAAUCUUUUAGAAAUAGUGUACAAGUUUCGUGGUCAAUAUUGUAUGUUUGGGAGAAAAACUGGACACAUUCUUUCAGGCCAUUCACCAAAUCCCAAUAUUUUGCUGAUUUUUUUUUUAGCAUCACAUUGCUACUGUGUAUCUAUUGAUGGUGAAAUAGCACCUUCUGAAAUUUCUUCUAUUGUGAUUUUAUUUAAGAGGAGACAUGGAAGCUAAUGGAAUCACUCAUAUCUGCAGCUUAUAAGCACUUAAAUUCAGAAUUAAAAAUGUAAUUGCAGUUACAUGUUGGUGGAGCAGAUAAUCAUGGCCUUUGACACUUUUGUCUAUGUUCUGGCAUGUUUCUUGAUACUUGCUGGGCCUUUAGAUAAUUAAACAGAGCAAUCUAUAUACCAGCAGAAGGACUGGGAAAGAAGACUGUUUGGAAUACAUAAUUUCCACUUGUAAUUUUUUUUCUAGUGUGUAUUGCUAAUAUGGAGGUUUAAUUGGACUUAUUCUUUAUUUAGUUAUAUGAUGGAAUUUGGAAAGCAAGAGACUAAGUUUGUUCCCUGUUGCAGCCUGAAACAAUAUUUUAAAGUGCAGAUUCUGGAUUCUAAUGAACUGAAUUUGGCUCUUGAAAGAAGUAAAUAUUUCUGUACUGAAAGCAUCUCUGAAUUAUUUUAAUUAUAGGAAUCUCUGCGAGAGUUUGUGUACAUAGGACUUGAAUAUGGGAACAAUGAUUUUAUCAGUUUGUUUUUAUUAGAGACUGGUUGCUUAUAAACCAGCAAGAAGAAAGCAUUUUGACAGUAUUCAGAGAUUUUUUUAUAAGCGAUAAACAUGUAAGAUUUUCUAACAUUGACUUAACAGGAAGUAGACUGUUAAAAUAUUUAUUACCUAAAGAUAACUGUUUCAGUUCUCUUAAACAUCAGAAAUGCAAAACAAACCAAAACUUUGAUUAAUGUCAUUUUUUAACUUAAAAAACUUAUGUGGAACUACUGACAUCAAAAUAUAAUAGUCCCCAAAUAAUGGUGAGUUUACUUUGGAAUCUGAUAUACAAUACUUUGCUAAACAAUCAAACGUUAGAGUAUUAAGUAUUAAAUUGUUCUUAAUUGAAUGUUUAAAUAAAAUUGCCAGUCUUUAUUGUAUUAUAUCAUACCUUAAAUACUGUGACAAUUGAGGCAAAUUUAAUAAAUCAUCAGGAUUUUUAUUCUGAUAGGUUUAGUUUUUAGUUUAUCUUGAAAUAUAGUGUUCAUUGCAGUGAAUGAAUUGCUGAAGGCAUACUCUAUUCUAACAUGAAUUUCUGGUCUGUUAAUUGAAUGUUUGCCUUAGGAAGUGUUUUGCAGUUCAGUAAAUUCUAAAUUCAUUUUUUAAAUAAAUAGGUGCUAUUGACUGUCAAAUAUUGUUUCCAGAAAGUAUGUAUAGGAUAUAAAUGAAGCCAUAUGUUCAGGCUGGAGUAUUUUAUGAACAAUUUGGCUUUUCUUUAUCUUAUAUUUUAGGAGGUUCAUAGCUAAGACAACACUUUGAUUUUAUAUGUUUAUGGCAAGAAAUCUACUGAAACAUCUUAGUUGGAAAUUGUAAUCUGUUACUGUGAAUAAAAUCUGAACAAUCAAUGAAUGAAACAAUUAUUGUUGUAUGACAAAGGCUGUAUCCCUUUUAUACAUCUCUACAAUUAUUAAACAAGAAAAACAAUUGUUCAUUGAA